AUGGGUGCGUCACCUCCGCGAUGGGGACCAGGCCAGGGCUCGUGGGGCCGGGACUCCUGGGAGCGCAGGGGCAACAACAAAGUCUGGAAUCAGCGCCCGCGGCGCUGGGACGGCGCGCCGCUGCCGCCGGACACCGAUCCCGGCCGACGCGAAGCAGGCCGUGGAGGUGCCGGCGGCAUCCCCUUCCUGCUGGUGCCGGGCUACUGCGUGUCGCGGCUGCUGGGGCUGCUGCCGCUGCGGUACGUGCCCAGGGAGAACCCCGCCGCCGACAAGGACACCUGGCUCAAGGUGUCGCUGCCCUGGCUGCCCUUCUGCCUCGCCAUGGCCGUCUGCUCCGCCUACGCCACGUACUACCAGACCGACGAGUUCAGGAAGGUCGUGAUCAAGACCAGCACCGACCUCAGCAACUACGUGUACGAGGUGCCCAUGCUGCUCAACACGGUGAUCGCGCUGCUCUGCACGUGGUACUCGUUGGUGAGCGCGCGGAGCAUGGCCGUCUCGUGGCGCACCGCGCACACCACCCUGGCCGAGCUGGACGCCCUGAACCGGUCGCCGCCGUCCACGUCGCGGCACUGCCGGCCGCUGGAGAGCUGGGCCUUCUUCCUGCUGGUGUGGUUCAACAUGGGCAUGGGCGUGGUGGCCCACCUGAUGUACACGUACACCAAGGAGACCAAGAUGGAGUGGUACGUGACGGCGGCCAUCAUGGCGGUGCGCCUCGUGCCGCUGGCCAUCGAGAGCCAGUAUCUGCUGAGCUGCCUGCUGCUGCAGCGAGCCUACCGCAGCAUCACCAUCUGCUUCCGGAACAUGUCCCGCGGCUUCUUCCCCAGCGACCAGCCCGAGUCCCUGAUGGACGGCCCUCUCGACGGGCGCAAGGUGGCGUGGGGGGCCGGCCAGGGCCAGAAGGACCACCAGAAGGACCACCAGAAGACGGGGCCACCAGGGCCCUCGCGGCACGCCCUGCUGUCGCGGCUCCGCGUGCUGCACCAGCGCGUCUUCCAGCAGGUGGAGGACCUCACGGAGUACUUCGGGCCGCAACUGCUGUGCAAGCUGGUGCAGACGCGCAUCCAGCUCAUCACGGACGCCUUCGCGCUGGUGGGCGCCGUGCAGUCCCAGGUGCCGGGGGACGCCGUCAAGCUGCCCUUCUGGGCCAUCGAGGUCUGCUUCCUGGCCUACCGCCUGUUCGUCGUCGUGUACCGCAGCGAGAAGGUCCUGCAGCAGGAUCAGGUGCUGAUGCAGCUGGUGUGUCUGGUGGACCCCUCGUCCUGGGACCACGCGUCCACGCAACAGCUGCAGCUGUUCCGGCGCCAGGUGCGCGCGCUGCGCGCCGAGCUGCACACGUGCUCCAUGUUCACGCUCAACUACGACCUGCUGCUGGCGGUGGCCGCCACCACGACGACGUACCUCGUGGUGCUGGUGCAGUUCCAGCCCAAGAGCAGCGCCCCCCCAACGUAGCGGCACCUCAGCCCGCG